AUGGGUUUAGAAGCAGAAGAACUACCGGUUGAAAAAGUCAGUCCGAAAGAUUUACUAGCACCACCGAAUGCAGCGCCUGAAGACCCCGCAGCGGACGAAGAAGCAGCGCCACUAGCUCCGUGCCCACUGAAAAAUCCAAGCGUACCCACAGGGCCAAAUCCAGAGGCUCCCGUACCACUAAAAGUUCCACCAAAUCCUCCCUUUGAGUCUGCAGUUGCUGCACCAAAUGCUGAUCCUCCCGCAGUCCCAACAGUGCUCACGUGGCCAGAACCUCCACCAACUCCAGGUGAACCUCUAGAACCUCCACCCACUUCCAGCGAACCACCUCCUGGACCAAAGGAUGUCAGAGCUGAAAUGCUGCCUUCAGUUUCAGACACUUUAGAGUGUUCAUCCGCAAUCGCUGACGUAAACCCACUGGAUGAGCUGAAUCCGGAUACUCCUGCACUAGCAGCCUCGCUAGUCAGCACGGCAGCUUUUUGGAAUCCAGCUGAAAUUUCUCCGAAGCUUGGAGCUUUACCCAAAGCUGUUGCUCCUAAAGAUCCACCUGAAGUUGUUUCAACAAAUCCAGAUGCUACUGAUGCUUCGUUAAAUCCAGAUACUUCACGAAAUCCGGAAGCACCACUAAAUCCAGCUGCUCCGCUAAAUCCAGAUGAUUCACUAAAUUCAGAUGAUCCACUAAAUGCAGCUGCUUUUGAUGCUCCGAAAAAUCCUGAUGUUCCUCCAAAUCCAGCUGAUCCUGAUGCUUUUUCAAAUCCAGUAAAUCCAGAUGUUCCUUUAAAUCCAGAUGCUCCUCCAAAUCCAGCUGAUUCUGAUACUCCUCCAAAUCCAGCUGAUUCUGAUACUCCUCCAAAUCCAGCUGAUCCUGAUUCUCCUCCAAAUCCAGCUGAUUCUGAUACUCCUCCAAAUCCAGCUGAUCCAGAUGCUCCUCCAAAUCCAGCUGAUUCUGAUACUCCUCCAAAUCCAGCUGAUCCAGAUGCUCCUCCAAAUCCAGCUGAUUCUGAUACUCCAAAUCCAGCUGAUCCAGAUGCUCCUCCAAAUCCAGCUGAUCCUGAUGCUCCUCCAAAUCCAGCUGAUUCUGAUAUUCCACCAAAUCCAGCUGAUCCUGAUUCACCUCCAAAUCCAGCUGAUUCUGAUACUCCUCCAAAUCCAGUUGAUCCAGAUCCUCCAUCAAAUCCAGCUGAUUCUGAUACUCCAAAUCCAGCUGAUCCUGAUUCUCCUCCAAAUUCAGCUGAUUCUGAUACAACACCAAAUCCAGCUGAUCCUGAUUCUCCUCCAAAUCCAGCUGAUUCUGAUACUCCUCCAAAGCCAGCUGAUCCAGAUUCUCCUCCAAAUCCAGCUGAUUCUGAUGCUCCUCCAAAUCCAGCUGAUUCUGAUGCUUCUCCAAAUCCAGCUGAUUCUGAUAUUCCUCCAAAUCCAGCUGAUCCAGAUGCUCCUCCAAAUCCAGCUGAUUCUGAUACUCCAAAUCCAGCUGAUCCAGAUGCUCCUCCAAAUCCAGCUGAUUCUAAUGCUCCUCCAAAUCCAGCUGAUUCUGAUGCUCCUCUAAAUCCAGCUGAUCCAGAUGCUACUCCAAAUCCAGCUGAUUCUGAUGCUCCUCCAAAUCCAGCUGAUUCUGAUGCUACUCCAAAUCCAGCUGAUUCUGAUGCAGUCCCAAAUCCAGCUGAUUCUGAUGCUCCUCCAAAUCCAGCUGAUUCUGAUACUCCAAAUCCAGCUGAUCCUGAUGCUCCUCCAAAUCCAGCUGAUCCUGAUGCUCCUCCAAAUCCAGCUGAUCCUGAUGCUCCUCCAAAUCCAGCUGAUCCUGAUGCUCCUCCAAAUCCAGCUGAUCCUGAUGCUCCUCCAAAUCCAGCUGAUCCUGAUGCUCCUCCAAAUCCAGCUGAUUCUGAUGCUCCUCCAAAUCCAGCUGAUUCUGAUAUUCCUCCAAAUCCAGCUGAUCCUGAUGCUCCUCCAAAUCCAGCUGAUCCCGAUGCUCCUCCAAAUCCAGCUGAUCCUGAUUCACCUCCAAAUCCAGCUGAGUUUGAUGCUCCUCCAAAUCCAGCUGAGUUUGAUGCUCCUCCAAAUCCAGCUGAUCCUGAUGCUCCUCCAAAUCCAGCUGAUCCUGAUGCUCCUCCAAAUCCAGCUGAUCCUGAUUCACCUCCAAAUCCAGUUGAUUCUGAUGCUCCUCCAAAUCCAGCUGAUCCAGAUGCUCCUUCAAAUCCAGCUGAUUCUGAUUCUCCACCAAAGCCAGCUGAUCCAGAUGCUCCUUCAAAUCCAGCUGAUUCUUUUACUCCUCCAAAUCCAGCUGAUUCUGAUUCUCCACCAAAGCCAGCUGAUUCUGAUGCUCCUCCAAAUCCAGCUGAUCCAGAUGCUCCUUCAAAUCCAGCUGAUUCUGAUGCUCCUCCAAAUCCAGCUGAUCCAGAUGCUCCUCUAAAUCCAGCUGCUUCUGAUACUCCUCCAAAUCCAGCUGAUUCUGAUACUCCAAAUCCAGCUGAUCCAGAUGCUCCUUCAAAUCCAGCUGAUUCUUUUACUCCUCCAAAUCCAGCUGAUUCUGAUUCUCCACCAAAGCCAGCUGAUUCUGAUGCUCCUCCAAAUCCAGCUGAUCCAGAUGCUCCUCCAAUUCCUGCUGAUUCUGAUGCUCCUCCAAAUCCAGCUGAUUCUGAUGCUCCUCCAAAUCCAGCUGAUUCUGAUGCUCCUCCAAAUCCAGCUGAUCCAGAUGCUCCUCCAAAUCCAGCUGAUCCAGAUGCUCCUCCAAAUCCAGCUGAUUCUGAUGCUCCUCCAAAUCCAGCUGAUUCUGAUGCUCCUUCAAAUCCAGCUGAUCCAGAUGCUCCUCCAAAUCCAGCCGAUUCUGAUACUCCACCAAAUCCAGCUGAUCCAGAUGCUCCUCCAAAUCCAGCUGAUUCUGAUGCCCCUCCAAAUCCAGCUAAUUCUGAUGCUCCUCCAAAUCCAGCUGAUCCUGAUUCUCCAAAUCCAGCUGAUUCUGAUACUCCUCCAAAUCCAGCUGAUCCAGAUGCUCCUCCAAAUCCAGCCGAUUCUGAUACUCCACCAAAUCCAGCUGAUCCUGAUGCUCCUCCAAAUCCAGCUGAUUCUGAUGCUCCUCCAAAUCCAGCUGACCCUGAUUCUCCAAAUCCAGCUGAUUCUGAUACUCCUCCAAAUCCAGCUGAUUCUGAUACUCCAAAUCCAGCUGAUCCAGAUUCUCCAAAUCCAGCUGAUCCAGAUUCUCCUCCAAAUCCAGCUGAUCCUGAUUCUCCUCCAAAUCCAGCUGAUUCUGAUACUCCAAAUCCAGCUGAUUCUGAUACUCCUCCAAAUCCAGCUGAUCCAGAUUCUCCUCCAAAUCCAGCUGAUUCUGAUGCUCCUCCAAAUCCAGCUGAUUCUGAUGCUCCUCCAAAUCCAGCUGAUCCAGAUGCUCCUCCAAAUCCAGCUGAUUCUGAUACUCCUCCAAAUCCAGCUGAUCCAGAUUCUCCUCCAAAUUCAGCUGAUCCUGAUUCUCCUCCAAAUCCAGCUGCUCCUGAUCCUCCAACUAAUGAAGCUGUUUGUGCUCCACCAAAUCCAACUGUUUCUGAUACUCCACUAUCUCCAUCAUUUACUUUACUGGAUCCAACUGCCACACCAAAUCCAGCUCCUCCACCAAAUCCAGCUACUUUACUGGAUUCAGUUCCUCCAAAUCCAGCUCCUUCACCAAAUCCAGCUUCACUACCAAAUCCAGCUACUUUACUGGAUUCAGUUCCUCCAAAUCCAGCUCCUCCACCAAAUCCAGCUCCUCCACCAAAUCCAGCUCCACUACCAAAUCCAGCACCUCCACCAAAUCCAGCUACUUUACUAGAUUCAGUUCCUCCAAAUCCAGCUCCUCCACCAAAUCCAGCUACUUUACUGGAUUCAGUUCCUCCAAAUCCAGCUCCUUCACCAAAUCCAGCUCCUCCACCAAAUCCAGCUACUUUACUGGAUCCAACUCCCACACCAAAUCCAGCACCUCCACCAAAUCCAGCACCUCCAGCAAAUCCAGAUCCUCCACCAAAUCCAGCACCUCCACCAAAUCCAGCACCUCCAGCAAAUCCAGAUCCUCCACCAAAUCCAGCACCUCCACCAAAUCCAGCACCUCCAGCAAAUCCAGAUCCUCCACCAAAUCCAGCUCCACUACCAAAUCCAGCUACUUUACUAGAUUCAGUUCCUCCAAAUCCAGCACCUCCACCAAAUCCAGCUACUUUACUGGAUUCAGUUCUCCCACCAAAUCCAGCUACUUUAGUGGAUUCAGUUCUCCCACCAAAUCCAGCUCCUCCACCAAAUCCAGCUACUUUACUGGAUUCAGCUCCUCCACCAAAUCCAGCUCCUCCACCAAAUCCAGCACCUCCACCAAAUCCAGCUACUUUACUGGAUUCAGUUCUCCCAUCAAAUCCAGCUCCUCCACCAAAUCCAGCACCUCCACCAAAUCCAGCUACUUUACUGGAUUCAGUUCUCCCAUCAAAUCUAGCACCUCCACCAAAUCCAGCACCUCCACCAAAUCCAGCUACUUUACUGGAUUCAGUUCUCCCAUCAAAUCCAGCUCCUCCACCAAAUCCAGCACCUCCACCAAAUCCAGCUACUUUACUGGAUUCAGUUCUCCCAUCAAAUCCAGCUCCUCCACCAAAUCCAGCACCUCCACCAAAUCCAGCUACUUUACUGGAUUCAGUUCUCCCAUCAAAUCUAGCACCUCCACCAAAUCCAGCUCCUCCACCAAAUCCAGCUACUUUACUGGAUUCAGCUCCUCCACCAAAUCCAGCUCCUCCACCAAAUCCAGCACCUCCACCAAAUCCAGCUACUUUACUGGAUUCAGUUCUCCCAUCAAAUCCAGCACCUCCACCAAAUCCAGCCCCUCCACCAAAUCCAGCUACUUUGCUAGAUUCAGCUCCUCCACCAAAUCCAGCUCCUCCACCAAAUCCAGCUGCUUUACUAGAUUCAGUUCUCCCGCCAAAUCCAGCACCUCCACCAAAUCCAGCUACUUUACUGGAUUCAGUUCUCCCAUCAAAUCCAGCACCUCCACCAAAUCCAGCUACUUUACUGGAUUCAGUUCUCCCAUCAAAUCCAGCUCCUCCACCAAAUCCAGCUACUUUACUGGAUUCAGUUCUCCCAUCAAAUCCAGCACCUCCACCAAAUCCAGCUACUUUACUGGAUUCAGUUCUUCCACCAAAUCCAGCUCCACUACCAAAUCCAGCUACUUUACUGGAUCCAACUCCCACACCAAAUCCAGCUACUUUACUGGAUCCAACUCCUCCACCAAAUCCAGCUGCUUUUCUAGAUUCAGUUCCUCCACCAACUCCAACUUCACCACUAGAUCCAAGUCCUCUUCCAAAUCCAGCACCCGCGCUUGAUCCAGCGCCCGACCCAAUUCCAGUUCCCCUACCAGAUCCCUUAUCAGAUCCGGCUCCCUUAUCAGAUUUAAUUCCCGCGCCAAAUCCAAAUGCACUUUGUGCUGCUGCAGCAGAAGCUGCUACAGUUUUACUAGCUGCCGCAGACGCUGCUGAGAAAGCAGCAGAAGCACUCGUGGAUAGCAAAUUGCUGCCGGAUAGAGUUUGA